GGUGCGUGACGACAAAGAAUGCGCCUCCUGAACGCGACUGAUUUAACAGACUGCUCCUAUAGCACAGUAUAUGUUGUAUGUUGUACAUUCAUGACCAAUAAUAAGUCACUUUUUACUAUUUAAGCCUGCAGUAGUUGUAUGUUUUACUAGCUUUAGCUAGCUGGCAGUCGUGCUAAAGUAGCCUACACACUAACUCCGCUUUCUGUGAAGGUAACUCGCAGAGGACACACUCAUGGCUUACAUGCAGAUAGUGAAAGGUCUGCAGCGGAAUCUACAACAGACAGCGACACUGUACAGCGCCCAGAAAUGCAAACUCGCACAAGUCAGUUUGCUCAUCCACACACACAGGACAGCGUCAACAGCGUCGAGACUGACUUUCCACAGAAGAAUCGAAAAUCCUUCUUUUAUGCCAGUACUGAGCUGCUUCAUACGGCGGGGUAUUUCGCUCAACUCUACAGCCAGAAAUCAAAGCAACCCCAAAGAGAGAGAUAAGUCGGUUUCCAGGUACCAGAGUGGCAGCCCCAAACCUUCAGCUGCACAAAAGGUAAAAGAAGCUGGCAGAGACUUCACCUACUUGAUAGUUGUGCUCAUUGGGCUUGGAGUGACAGGUGGACUGUUAUAUGUGGUGUUUCAGGAGCUGUUUUCUUCCUCCAGUCCAAAUAAAAUCUAUGGGAAAGCGUUCAACAAAGUCAGGUUAAACCCAGAGGUGAUUGGUGCAUUUGGGGAGCCAAUCAAGUGUUACGGGGAGACUACCCGUCGAGGAAGGAGGCAGCAUCUAAGUCAUCUGGAGUUCCUGAAGGACGGACUGAAGCAUAUGAGACUAAAGUUCUACAUAGAAGGCUCUGAGCCAGGCCUCAAAGGAACUGUACACUCAGAGUCAAAAGAGAAUCCUGAAACUGGAAAAUAUGAAUUCCGUUACAUAUUUGUGGAAGUAGACACCUACCCAAGACGAACCAUUAUUGUGGAAGAUAACCGUUGAGAAAGAUAAUGGACUUAGAAGUGUCACUUAUCUGCAAAAGCAUUGUGAAAAUGUGAAUAAUGCGUUUGUGUUUUUGCACAAAUAGCUGAAAAUGUAUUGUGAAUGUAACUUUAAAUCAUCAUUAAAAGCUGUUACGUGAAACAAACAAUUUGGGCUGAUUUUAACAUUGCCGCAGCAAUGGGACAUUUGGCAAAUAGCUUUUUAAAGUACAUUCUCUUUCACAGACUUGUAUGUGUUGUUGUCGUGUUGUAUCGUUUUUUUGAAAAGACUACAGGAUGACCUGCUUUUUGAAAUAACCUUUUAAUCAAAGAUGCUUUUGAAUUGUAAUAAAACAAGUUGGUCUGUUAUUUGCACAAAGUGCGUACAGCAAAAAAUACAGUAUCAGUGUUUUUUUUUUGUAUUUACAGUGUUGGGUUUAAACCAUGGCUGUUCCUAUGAUUGAUCUUUCAGCUUUAUGGAAUUGAAUGUAUGGUUUAAUGGUGCCGUUAUUGUAACAUAAUUUACCCUUAGUCUUUUUUUUUAUAAUACUGUCAAGUAUCUAUCAUUUUAGAUUUCUUUAAAGGUUACAGAUUCCUUCUUAAAAAUUGUGCUCAGUCAUAGCUACGCUUCCUGUAUAUUCCGAUGUCUGCUUUUCGUCUUUGUUUACUGCAUUCUUGAUGUUGUCUUUUUAAAAUGGUUGAGUGCAUAAUAAAACAAUGACCACUAGAUGGAGGCAACGAGUCGAGGAACAGGAACAACCCGAAAUGACCUUUAAGAUUCUUUUCUAUCGUUUCACAUUUUAUAAGUAAUUACAGGAAAUCACAUGCCUGAUUGUAAUAUAUUUAUUAUAAACUAACACCAAUUUUAAUGGUGUUGA